AUGACCAUCAUGAAACCGGGCCCUGAAGAUGGAAACGCCAGUCCCUGGUGCAGCUCCCGGCACGGGCGUGUGGCCGAGCGCGUCAGGGACCCUGUGCCCCAGCUGGACCUGGGCAAGAAGAUGAGCACACCGCAGGACCUGAUGAUCGAGGAGCUCUCCCUGCGGAACAACCGCGGCUCCCAGCUCUUCCAGCAGCGCCAGAAGCGGAUGCAGCGCUUCGUCUUUGAGCAUCCCAGCGGCUACAGGGAGCUCCCAGGGCUGGGGGCGGGUGACUCGCAUCGCACUGAGAAAGGCAACCUGGACGGAACGGCAAACGAGGGGAUGGCAGGGGAGGACACCGGGGACCAGCAGAGUUAUCACUCGGAGCUCCACGUGGCAGCGUUGCCCCAGGGUGGCCCCCCCGAAGUGCCCAAGAAGACAGAGAAAGUCUUGCAGAUGAGCAAAAUCCUCAACCCUGAUGCUCUGGCCCCGGGAUACUCAGGCCCCCUCAAAGAAGUCCCCCCGGAGAAGUUCAACGUCACCGCCAUCCCCAAGGGCUACCGCUCCCCAUGGCAGGAGCUCCUUGGUGACAAGGACAACACUGUGCAUGGUGAGAACCAGCCGCCCGUGAGACCCCCUCCGUGGGACUUCAGAAGCUUCAACAGGACUCCCACCCCGUUUGACAGAGCACUGGUCAGCGACCUGUUCUCCGUGCCCGCCACGGAGCUGGAGAACCUGAGUGUUCUGGAGGUGAUUUCCCACAGACCCAACUUCAACAGAGUGCCACAAGGUUGGGUGCGGAUUCUACCAGAGAGCGAUGAGCUGUAG